AAAAAAAUGUAGACAUGGUAAUGAAUGCAAUUUUGUAGAUAGACACUGCACAAUGAAAUGUACUAAUACGCAAAAUAAAAAAGGCACACAUAUUAAUAAUAAUAAUCACCCAAUAAUAAUAAUAAUAAUAGCAAUAAUAAGAUGCAUGGAUAUAAGCAACCCUUUGCCUUGUUGCAUCAUUUCAUCUUGGUCCAGGAGUGCGCAUGUCCUGGAUCCUCAUCUUUCAGGACCCCUCGUCAUUGGUAGAUGCAGCACAUGUCUAUAAGUGCCGGCUGCUUUCUACAAGCGCUCUCCAGUCCGCUCUAUUCCAAGCGCGCACGCGGCUGAUGAGAAAAGCCUGGCACCGCUUUUUAAACGUGUGGAAAAACUGAAACCAUGGAGGAGAAAAAGAACGAAAUCAACGGACACGCCGGCCACAAAAGCCCUUUGCCGGCGGUCUCAAUUAAAUCAGAAAAGAGCAGCUUUAAAGAACGGCUAACGGUCUUCUUCAAAAGAAACCUGCUCGUGAUCUUGACGGUGUCCGGGGUUCUGGUGGGCGUCGGGCUCGGGAUGAUGGUUCGGAAAAUGAACCUAACCCGAGCGCAAAUGACUUACUUCGCCUUCCCCGGGGAGAUGCUGCUGAGGAUGCUCAAGAUGAUCAUCCUUCCUUUAGUGGUGUGCAGCUUGAUCUCUGGCGCUGCGAGUCUGGACACGCGCUCGCUGGGGAAGCUCGGAGGGAUCGCCGUGUCUUACUUUCUGGUGACCACUCUGAUCGCUUCGUCCAUCGGGGUGGCUCUCGCCUUCAUCAUCAAACCCGGCGUGGGAGCAGGAGCGCUCAAUUCCAACAGCUUGGGGCUGGAAGGCGUGAGCUCCAACAAAGAGACGGCGGAUUCGUUUUUAGACCUCGCAAGAAACCUGUUUCCAGCCAACCUGGUGGCUGCAGCUUUCCGCUCGUAUGUCACUGAUUACAAGACAAUUCUUAUUGGAAAUGGAACAAAUGGAACACUCAACUACCAGAAGGUGCCCUAUGGAACAGAUUCAGAUGGAAUGAAUAUUCUGGGCCUUGUUCUCUUUGCUAUGGUUUUUGGAGUUGCUUUGAGAAAGCUUGGUGCAGAAGGAGAGGAGCUCAUUCGCUUUUUCAAUGCUUUUAAUGAAGCCACCAUGGUACUGGUGUCUUGGAUCAUGUGGUAUGUGCCUUUUGGCAUCAUGUUUUUGGUUGGCAGUAAGAUUGUGGAGAUGGAAGAUGUGGUUCUGCUGGUCACUAGUCUGGGGAAAUACAUUUUUGCCUCUAUUCUCGGCCACAUCAUCCAUGGUGGCAUCGUCUUACCUCUUAUCUACUUUGGGUUUACUCGUGCAAACCCCUUCAGUUUCCUGUCUGGCCUCAUUACACCUUUCACCACCGCCUUUGCUACCUGCUCCAGCUCAGCGACUCUGCCCACCAUGAUGAAGUGUGUGGAGGAGAACAACGGUGUCGACAAACGAAUCAGUCGGUUCAUUUUACCGAUCGGAGCCACCGUCAACAUGGACGGAGCAGCCAUUUUCCAGUGCGUUGCAGCUGUGUUUAUCGCUCAGCUCAACAACAUUGAACUCAACGCAGGCCAGAUCUUCACAAUCCUGGUGACAGCCACCGCCUCCAGUGUGGGAGCAGCAGGUAUACCAGCUGGAGGGAUCAUCACCAUCGCUAUCAUCCUGGAGGCCAUCGGUCUGCCCACCCAUGACCUGUCGCUCAUGUUGGCCGUGGACUGGAUUGUAGACCGAACCACUACUGUUGUGAACGUGGAGGGGGAUGCACUCGGUGCGGGCAUUCUUCACCACAUCAAUGAGCAAGAGAUGAAGAAACAAAGAGAACAGGAGGAGCAUCACGAGGAGCAGGAACUGCAGGAGGUGAGGGUGGAGGUGGUGGCUAAUGUUAAAGCAGAAGAGGAGACCUCCCCUCUCGUCACACACCAGAACCAAGGAGACAGUUCCUCGCGUGAAACACUCGACAGGGACGGUGUGGAGUCUGUGCUGUGAAGUGCUGACUGUGGUCUCUUCUCUUUCUUCUUCACUCUUCCUCUAUCUCACUCCUUUAAAAACCACUACAGACACGAUGUUGCCUCCAGUGUGACGUUUACAUCAAGCAUAAAGUUUAUUCAGGUCUGUGAGUGGAACACUAAUGGUCAGUUUGCUCUUUUACAUUUAGUACUUGACAGGACAGGUUACGUUAUGAUAAUCUUAUCCAGUUGUGCCAAAAUUAUUUCAUAUUGUAAUUUUUGUGUAUGGGAACAUGACCCAGAUUAUGUGCAAAACCUAAAAGGGAACAUUUCCACUGCGCGAGCAGAUUUCUGGUAAAGACAUGGAUAGUAAUGAAAAUCAUUCACAGACUGACCUCUUGCUCUGUUUGUUUGCUAUAUUUUAACUGACUGUGUGAAACAUUAACUAUUUUGAAGAUAGACCGGAAAGUAUUUGCUGUAAAUAUGUGUGUCCCUAAUGGCAAAUUCUGUUGCAUUGUGGUAGUGUCCGGUGAUUUAUUGGGGACUAUAUCGAAACUGUGCAUGUGUGCUUGUGAAACACUCUUGGGAAUUCUAGCAGAUUCUGAGCCUGUGCUUUAUGGUUGUAUUACUUUCAAAUCUGGUGAACUUUACAUUUUUAAAUGAACAUUAUUACAACUCAGGGUCACAGGUGAUAUUCAACCUGAUGAUGAGAGACACGCUGGAGGCCAAACAUUUCUUGAUAGACUUCAAUUUUUUUACAUUAAAAAUAAACACUGCUGACCCAAGAACAUCACCCAUGGCAUCCAGUGACACCUAGUGCUCAGUGGAAUUAUAAACAUUGACUUUGUCUUGAUUUUUUUUUUAUGUACAUGCCCAACUGUAAGUUUGGCCAUUAGUUAAGGAGUAAACGAUUUUAAAACGACAAUUUGAUAAGUAUGAAUGAGUUUAAUUUAUUCUAAUUGUUUAGCCUUUUGUACCACAUUGAAAAUUAUUUUUGUUAAGGGUUUAUAAACUCUAAAAGCUGUUAAUUAGCACUUGAUUAGUGUGUAUUAUAUGCAUUUUUCCUUAUAUUUUUUCACUCUUUUAACCGUGUUAUCUUGUUACCGACGUAUCUGUGUGUCUCUGCUUACUAUUAAAUCAAAAGCAUUUGUGUCUCUGA